AUGCAGCAUACGGGAGCCCUAGCUGUUUGGGCAUUAUGUCUGAUCCAGUUGGCGUUUGGGCAGACUAUAGAUGAUGGAGGUAUCACUGUCGACGCUACUAGCGGUACGGUGGCGCCCGCCGUUGAAGAGGUGGCCCCUGACUCGGCAGCGUCGGGUGUUGAAUACCUGGACUACGAGACGGCCCAGCUUACGCCAGACGUCGUUGCCAACUUGACGAGUCACGACCUCACUGACGUCGAAUUGUUCGACUUUGGUGAUGAGGACGCUGCCGCUGUUGCUUCGCGGAAACGAGCCACCAAUUAUGGGCAACCGGACUGCAAGACGUUCCCGGGUGAUCUGAGUUGGCCUUCGACUAUUCAUUGGAAGUUGCUCAAUAUUUUGACGGGUGGUGCUCUCAUUAAGGCAGUGCCUACGGCAGCUCCAUGCUACAAGUCGUGGCCGCAAUACAAUGCCGUAACAUGUGAUGACAUCACUGCUAAGUGGACGUCGCCCAAGUUCCAGCUGUCCCAGCCCGUCGGAAUAGACUUUCCCCUUUUCGAGGGAGUGUCAUGUAUGCCUCCCACCGUUGCGCCUCCCAACUCGAACUGCACGCUUGGAGGCACACCGUCAUAUGUCGUCAAGGUCAGGAAUGUGGCCCAGAUUCAACUGGCCGUGAACUUCGCGCGAAAUCUUAACCUCCGUCUGAAUGUUAAGAACAAGGGCCAUGACUUCAACGCCAAGUCUACCGGGGCAGGCUCACUCUCCGUGUGGACCAACUUCCUACAAGACAUCCAGUACUUGGGGCCCAGCUACUCCAAGGAUGGUCAUAAGGGCCCGGCCUUCAAAGUAGGUGCUGGGGUUGAGGUUAUGCAGAUGUAUGAGGCUGCCGAUGCUUUGAACCUGGUGGUAGUCGGAGGUAUUGGUCGGACUGUCGGUCUCGGAGGCGGCUACAUCGCCGGCGGCGGACACUCGCCCCUGAUGUCCACAUACGGCCUGGGCGCCGACCAAGUCCUCUCCAUGGAAGUCGUCCUACCCAACGGCCGCUUCGUCUCCGUUGACGAAAAGUCCUAUCCCGACCUCUUUUUCGCCCUCCGCGGCGGUGGCGGCGGCACCUACGGCAUUGUCACCUCCCUCGUGAUCCGCGCUUAUCCCAAAACCCCCGUCACCACCCUCACCUACACCUUCGGCACCGGGCCCAACAUCACCAACAGCACAUUCUGGCAAGGAAUGGACGUCAUCUGGUCUAGCUUCCCACGUCUUGCCGACACAGAGCUCUACGCUUACUGGUCCAUUGGUUGCGCGAGCGGCGGAUCCGAAUGCUCCUUCUCCAUGGGUCCGCAAUGGGCAAACAACAUGUCGACUUCGCAGCUCAAAGCGCAAUACGAGCCCGUUUUCGCGCAGCUUGCGGACCUCGACAUCGCUGUUAGUAAUGUGACCUACAUCGAGUACGACGGCCUCAAGAACGCCUUCGACCACACCCUGCCCGCCAACACCGAGUCUGUAGGCGGGUUUACUUUCCACACGGCUUCGCGACUAUUCCCACGAGCCAACUGGGAGGACCCCGCGAAAUUGAAGAAACAGUCGGCUGCUAUUCACGAUGCCAUCAUGCAGACGGGGUACAUGAUCGGGUACAACUUCAAGUCAGGCACCAACCCAGCCGUGAACCAGAAAAACGCCGUCAACCCGGCCUGGCGGAACACGCUUUGCCACGGCAUGUUCGGCGCCGCAUGGAACCUCGACUCCACGCCCACCGAGAUCGCGGCCGCUAACAAGCGACUCGUGGAAAUCGUGCAGCCGUUGCGGGAUGUGAGUCCGGGGGCGGGCGCGUACAUGAACGAGGCGGAUAUCAAUGAGCCGGAUUGGCAGCAGUCGUUUUAUGGCAGUUUUUAUGAUAGACUGUAUGGCUUGAAGCAGAGGUAUGAUCCUUGGGGUUUGUUGUAUGCCGACACGGCGGUGGGAUCCGAGGAUUGGUAUAUUACGGAUCAGAUAGAUUAUUUCCCGACGCAGAAUGGGAGACUGUGUCGGAAGUGA